ACAGUCGUGUCGCGAGAAGCCGAGGGUGAAACGCGGCGAGUCGGCCCGCGCAUGUUCUGGGUACAAGCACGUCGCGUCUGAAUAGCACAGACACAGGACUUCGCCGUAGAAACGUCUUUCUUUUGUCGCUAGUUACUUGAUCCUCGCUUGUGUGAGCGUGGGUGCGCGCCUGGCGCGCGUGCUUUUACGCGGGAUGUUGGAUGCGAAGGCUUCGUUACGACUGGCUUGCUGCUUGGCAGUUUUCGUCGCGGGCGCUCACUCAUACAGCAUGGAGAACCCGUGCAAGUACCACAGCGACGCCAAGUGUACCACGGCGUGCAAGCAGUUCAGAAAGCUGCCGCACGGAUACUGCCGUGGCGACCAUUGCGAGUGCAGCACGCAAGCCCGGGCUGUGGUUGAAUCCACGCCGGACCCGUGCAAGCUUCAGGACGUCGGCGCAUGCGUCGUAAGCUGCACGGGCGUGUCGUUCGACAUGGGACAUUGCGUCGAGCAGGUCUGCCACUGCCUCAACAUGAACGGCGAGCAGCCUGGCACCAGACUCAGCGACGCCAAGGCAGCCGCCUCGAAACAGAAGGCUCCGAGCGGUGCGGCGCAGCCAGAGCUCAGGGUUGCGGUCGAUGGACGUGGACGCCGGAAGCAGCCGCAGCACAGGAAGCGGGUGAUCGGCUCAUCGCAGGAAACCUACGUCCCGCUGCUCGAUUUGCUGUCAAUUCCAAAAGCUCUGUACGACAUGGACCCGUGUAGGAAAGGGACGCCCGAGCAGUGCAGGAGAGACUGCGGAAAGCUGAACUACGAUCGAUCCAGCUGCGUGUUCAACGUGUGCAGGUGCAGCAAGACGACCACGAGGAGCUGACCAUUGUCGAAGCCUUAUAGGGUGUGGCCAUAGGCGGCGAGUUUUAGCUCACGCGCAGACAAGACGGGCAACAUGUGGGCAAAGUGAUUUCAGAAAAGGAUGUUAAAGGGACACUAAGAAAAGAUUUUCAGCCGUAACAAUAAAUUAAUGUUCUACGUUUACCAAAAAACACUAAUUAUUGCCGUGGUAAGAGGUUUGGUACAAGCAAGAAGAAACGCAAAGACGAAACAGUGGUAGCGACACCUCCUUUAUGUUUCCAAACCAGUCAGCCGCGACGUAAUUGAUUUUGGCGGCCCCGGCUAGGACCUAAUUAAGCUUUUAUCGGUAAAAAUAGAUGUGUUGUUCUCUAACGGGGUCGAAUUCGACUGAACGCGGCAAGUCUCAAUAAGUUUUAAUGAGUCACAACGGCACAGAUAUGAGAACUAUUACUUUGAGAUCCAUGACGUCAUGCGGACGGUCCAGCUAUAAAAUUUCGGCGGGAAAUUUGAAAAACGGAAUUCGGACUUUCAUUUUAUCUUCUAUUAACGAACCAUUACCGCGAAGUUAAUAGAAAUAAAGAUUGGGAAGAAUACUUUAUUGGUUGAAACUAAUUUAGUAUUGGUCUUUAGAGUACAUUUAAGCUAGAUUGUUGAUAUAAAGUGUGCAAAAAUUCCAAUAAAAUUUUGAGUUGCGA